CCUCCAGUGUUGCUGGCCUGAGAUGGGAGCGCACACAGCGGCGGCACCAUCACGGCCCAAGAAACGGGAUAAACCUGGAAAAGAACAGGGGAAAAAUAAUCAACAAUACCACAUAUGUACCGUGGGGAACAAUGGGAUAACGACGCAGUGAUUCCACUCACACCGGAUCUCACCGCUCAGCCGCGCGCUCUAAGAAACUCAGAUGUUGUCGUCGCUUGUGAUUUGCGCUUUUUCUCCUUUCUCCUUGAGCGCUGCUGGUACAAAGGCGCCUGGUGUGGAGCAGCAGCAGCACCUGGGAUUACGCUUACAUGAAUGGGGCAGAGUGAACGGACCUGCUAAACCCGGAAUAGUAGACGGAGACAGUGAGUAAACCCACGCAGGAUUAACACACUUUCUUCUUUCUCUCCGUGGGAGUCAGAUCCCCGUGUCAUCCUGCGAGGACAGAUGCUGUCAUUGUGUCGAGGCUGAGAUUUAAAAGAAAACAAAAAUCUUCUCAAAGUGUCCUAUUCUGGAAUAAUGCAUGAGAGAGACUGCAGUUUUUUAUUCCUAUUCAUGCCCCGCACAUUCCCAGUUAUUCCAGUGACUGAGCAGCCGGUUUCUCUUGUUCACACUGGGAUGUAUUGUUGCAUCUGCGCAGCCCACGACAAGUGUCAGCAAUUAGACUGUGUGUGUGUGAACGGGUUACCUAAAGGCCUGUUUUAAACACUGCUUUCUAACUGUAAGUGGCCAUUGUUGUCGAGGAGGACUCAGUGGAGAACAGGACUGGGAAAUAAGGGGCCAAACCGUGCGCCCUUGGUGUGAUUCUCCAGCGUGCGCGCGCCGGGGUCGAUCACAGAGAUAGAUUAGGCACAAUAUGGUGGAACCGGUUGGAUUCAUCGAGGCGUGGAAAGCGCAGUUCCCCGAGUCCGAGCCCCCCAAAAUGGAGCUGCGAUCUGUUGGUGGCAUCGAGCAGGAGCUGGAGAAGUGCAAAGCGUCCAUCAGGCGCCUGGAGCAGGAGGUGAACAAGGAGCGUUUCCGUAUGAUCUACCUGCAGACCCUCCUGGCCAAGGAGAGGAAGAGCUAUGAUAAGCAGCGGUGGGGCUUCAGGAAGACGCCUCUGGGUGAAGGGAUGGACCCUGCGGCCACACAGGGCGCAGAGUGCCAGUCCCAGCAGCCGCACAUGCAGGAGACUGGUGGAGUUGGAGUAGGAGUGGUUGGUGGAGGGUAUGGAGGUGGUAGUAUGGAUAGGAGCCGCUAUCAGCCUCUUGGAGACGGAGCUGGGAGAUCUAAACCCAGGCCUCCACCAGCCAGGAAGUCUGCCUCCCACGGAGACGGCCUGGAGUCAGCCUUUGAGGUCCCCCAGCAGGCUGAGUCGACAUCCUGCGACAACCUCGAUGGCCUCUCCCCAUCCAAGCAGAGAGGUGGUAUCUCCGUGUCGCCCCGCAGGCUCAAUGUGCCACCCACAGAGAAGGACCUGCCCUCUGACCCCAAAGACAAGAUGGGGAUGGGGCUUGGCGUGGCAGCUCUCAGGUCCAACUUCGAGAGGAUCAAACGGGCCAACUCUCACUCGGCGGGGGAUGUAGCAAAGGGCCAGGAGAAGCAGCUGCCGCCACCGCCGCCGCCAUUCUACUCUAACAUGGAAUUCCACCACGAGAGGGGUCUGAUCAGGGUCAACGACCGGGACGUGUCAGACAAGAUCAGCUCACUGGGCAGCCAGGCCAUGCAGAUGGAGCGGAAGAGGUCUCUUCACUCCCUCCCAGGUAACCUCGCCACGGUGGCAGGGGAGCUCCGCGCCAGGCCGGUGUACAGAGGCCGGUCUACUGAGAGCACCUGUGGCUAUGAUGCUGAAUAUGAAGAUGGGGAACCCAACCAGCGACACUCAGGGAGGGCCAACGGUGGCAAACCUCCACCACCUCCUUGGCAGCCGUCCGAGUUCCAGGCGUACUCCAGUGUCUACGUUGGCGGGGUGAUGAUGGGUGAAGGUGGUGGCGGAGAUGGGAGAGGUGGUGGUGGAAGUGGAAGUGGUAGUGGUAGUGGAGUCACAAUGAGAGACAUUGGAGGAGGCGAUGACCACCUCCUGACCUGGCCACGCCGUUCCUACUCCCCAGGGAGCUUCGAGGAUGUCGGUGGAGGCGGCGGCUACACGCCGGACUGCAGCUCCAACGAGAACCUGACAUCCAGCGAGGAGGACUUCUCGUCAGGUCAGUCCAGCCACGUCUCACCCAGUCCCACCACGGCCUUCCGUCGACCCUUUAGGGAGAAGAGCCGCUCGCCGUCCCAAAACUCCCAGAACUCGCAGCACUCGUUCGACAGCAGCAGCCCUCCGACGCCACAGUCCCAGAAGCGUCACCACCGGCAGCAGGGAGGCCACGUGGUCAUGUCUGAGGCCACUAUUGUGAGCGUUCGCAAGACCGGUCAAAUCUGGCCACCUGCUGCCCAUCAUGACCUCGUGCCCCACGGCAGAACGUCCCAUGACAACAGUUACCAUGGAGACCACCUAGAUGGUCAUUUCACCGGAACCCCUCCCACGUACGGUUACGAUGCAGACCGCGCAGAGGAGCAGCGGAGGCACCACGACAUCCUGCCGUACAUCGAUGACUCACCGUCCUCUUCACCGCACCUCAGCUCCAAGAGCCGCAGCAGUCGGGACACCCUCUCCUCGGGAUCGUUAGAGUCCUCCAAGUCGACUGAAUGUGACCUGGAAAAAGGUUUGGAGAUGAGGAAGUGGGUCCUGUCUGGGAUCUUGGCCACUGAGGAAACAUACCUCAGUCACCUGGAGGCACUGCUGCUGCCUAUGAAGCCUCUGAAGGCCGCUGCCACGACCUCGCAGCCUGUGCUCACUGUGGCCCAGAUAGAAACCAUCUUCUUCAAAGUGCCUGAGCUCUAUGAGAUCCACAGGGAGUUCUACGACGGUCUUUUGCCACGUGUCCAGCAGUGGAGCCACCACCAGAGAGUCGGGGACCUCUUCCAGAAACUGGCCAGCCAGCUCGGAGUUUACCGAGCAUUUGUGGACAACUAUGAACUGGCUGUGGAGACAGCGGAGAAGUGCUGCCAGGCCAACACACAGUUUGCAGAAAUCUCUGAGAACCUGAAGGUAAGGAGCCCCAAGGACUCCAAGGACCAGACGGCCAAGAGCUCUCUAGAAGCUUUGCUUUAUAAACCAGUGGACAGAGUGACUCGCAGCACAUUGGUACUUCAUGACUUGCUCAAACACACGCCCACCAGCCACCCGGACCACCCGCUUCUGCAGGACGCCUUGCGGAUCUCCCAGAACUUCCUGUCCAGCAUCAAUGAGGAGACGACACCCCGACGGCAGUCUAUGACUGUCAAGAAGGGAGAGAGCCGUCAGCUUCUGAGGGACAGCUUCAUGGUGGAGUUGGUGGAGGGGGCCAGGAAGCUGCGGCACGUCUUCCUCUUCACUGAUCUGCUGCUCUGCGCCAAGCUGAAGAAACAGAUCGGAGGUAAAAACCAACAGUAUGACAGUAAGUGGUACAUCCCGCUGACUGAGCUGACCUUCCAGGGCCCCGAAGAGACCGAGCCACUUACCAUCCCCCAGGUCCCCGAUGAGGAGCUCGAUGCCAUGAAAGUCAAGAUCUCACACCUCCGCAGUGAGAUUCAGAGAGAGAAGAGAGCCAACAAGGGCUCAAAAGUCAUUGACCGUCUCAGGAAGAAGCUGUCUGAACAGGAGUCUCUGCUGCUGUUAAUGUCUCCGAGCAUGCCCAUCAGAGUCUACAACAAGAACGGCAAGAGUUACAGUUUCCUGAUUUCAUCCGACUAUGAACGUGCAGAGUGGAGGGAAAUAAUGAAGGAACAGCAGAAGAAAUGUUUGAAAACUUCCUCCUUGACAUCCAUGGAGCUGCAAAUGUUGACCAACUCUUGUGUCAAACUGCAGACUGUCCAUCACAUUCCACUUAGCAUCAAUAAAGAAGAGGAUGAAUCCCCCGGUCUCCACGGGUUCCUGAAUGUAAUCGUCCACUCUGCCUCCGGCCUCAAACAGAGUCUGAAUCUCUACUGCACAUUGGAGGUGGAUUCCUUUGGCUUCUUUUCAAAUAAAGCCAAGACGAGAGUAUAUCGAUACACCACUGAACCUAAAUGGAACGAGGAGUUUGAGAUUGAGCUGGAGGGCUCUCAGACCCUGAGGCUGCUGUGCUACGAGAAGUGUUACAACAAGACCAAGCAGAACAAAGAGGAUGGAGAGAGCACAGACCGCAUCAUGGGGAAAGGACAGAUCCCGCUUGACCCUCCAACUCUCCAAGGCAAAGACUGGCAGAGAACAGUUAUUCCCAUGAACGGGAUCGAGGUUAAACUUUCCAUGAAGUUCACCAGCCGAGAGUUUAGCCUGAAGAGGAUGCCCUCACGAAAACCCAUGGGUGUGUUCGGAGUCAAGAUCUCUACAGUGACCAAGCGAGAGCGCUCCAAGGUGCCCUACAUCGUCCGGCAGUGCCUAGAAGAGAUUGAGAGGAGGGGUAUGGAAGAGGUGGGCAUUUACCGGGUAUCAGGCGUGGCCACUGACAUUCAGGCCUUGAAGACUGCCUUUGACACCAAUCAUAAAGAUGUGUCAGUGAUGAUGAGUGAGAUGGACGUCAACGCCAUCGCCGGGACCUUGAAGCUGUACUUUAGAGAGCUGCCAGAACCACUUUUCACUGAUGAGCUCUACCCCAAUUUUGCAGGCGGCAUCACCCUGUCUGACAGUGUUGCCAAAGAGAGCUGUAUGUUGAACUUACUGCUGUCACUGCCAGAACCCAACCUGGUCACAUUCCUUUUCCUUUUGGAUCACCUGAAGAGGGUGGCAGAGAAGGAAAGUGUCAACAAGAUGUCUCUCCACAACCUGGCAACGGUGUUUGGGCCGACCUUGCUGAGGCCUUCCGAGAAGGACAGCAAGAUCCCCGCUAACCCCACCCAACCCAUCAGCAUGGGCGACAGCUGGUCCCUGGAAGUCAUGGCACAGGUCCAGGUGUUGCUGUAUUUCCUCCAGCUGGAGACGAUUCCCACCCCAGACAGUAAACGACAGAGCAUCCUCUUCUCCACUGAAGUAUAGAGCUAAAACUGACUCUGCCGAUGUGAGACUUUGACCAUGAAGGAGUGAAAAAGAGAUGGACGGUGGCUCAAAGUGAGCCUAUAGUAGUAUGUUUUCGAAUUGACUGACCAGAUUCCAUUAGGCUGGAAAGGAUUGUCUCUGGCGAUGCCUGCUCCCCUCAAACACAAGAGGGCGUCAUUGGACCUCUGGAGCUCUGGAGGAUGUGAGGUCCUUACCAUUCAUAUCGCUCAUUACCUGAUAGUUAGUCUGAUUCUUUGUACCCACAGUGAUGGUGUGGGUACACCUGCCAUCUACAUUUCUCCACCAUGAUACUUGUUGGUCUUUACAUUGAACCUUUGCAGCUUGUUGUGGUUCAUAAAUCAAGACGUUGUCAAAAUCAGUCCAUAAGAGAACAGAAUGCGUCUUUCUUGAUUCUUGUAUUAGUUUGCCAACAGAUCAGAGUUUCUGUGUACCUUUGUGUUCGGGCAUUGCUCUCAAUCUGUCUUUAUUUUGGACAAUCAUCGGCUCACUGCAAAACAUGUUUAUCCAUCAAACGUUGCUUCAUGUCCUGCUGAGGAGAAUUCUAACCGUGUCUUACAUCAUCUCGGCGCAUCGUUUCUUGGAAGACAAGAGGAACAUUUGUGCUGUUUGUGGGAGUUCAAUAGUGAACACCAAGAGCUGCCACGGUACUUCUUUGUGUCAGGAAGCCAACACCUGUAUGUUAAAGUGUUUACAACGUAAACAAAGCCCGGUUGGAGUCAGAAACAAGUGCUACAGCUAGACGAGGGACUGUAAGAAGGGGAAAAAAAAAAAGGAACCCGAUGAUUAGUAACACACUGCAAUCUGACUGCCUGCGUUUUUUCAUAAAAGCAAAUUUCCUCUAUUUGUGCUGUUUGUGUCUCAAGGUAGUGUCAGCUCAAAAUAUCCAGGAAGCAAUAUAUUUUCUAACAUAGGAAUUGUCUGUGUUCAUAUCUUUGCUGACGAAAUGUCCUACUUAUUGUAACAUAGGACAUCUUGCCAAAUUAAUAUGUCGUUUGUUUGUUUCUAGGAGAAAAAGGAAGCAGUUGUAUUUACAGAUACAGUAUGUACAUAAUCUUAAAGUUGUAUUUUUUUCUUUCUUUUUGUUUAACAGUAUAAUCAUUGUUGCGAUUAUUGUAAUUUAUUUUGGGGGGCCUGGGGGGAGAAAUCGGUUUGUUUUUCUAUGUGAACUUUUUUUUUUUCUGUUUAAGAAAGUGGUAGGUCUUAGCCUUGACUUCAAGUCUUGCAGUAAAUAAGCAGGAUUUAGCCUUGUUCUUAUAGAAACUACUCAGCUGUUCUGUCCAGCCUAUCGAUUAUUCAUUUUAGAUAUUAUUAUGAAGGGUAACACACACAUUGUAGUUACAUACUGUAUGCUGCUGUGGAAAAGGCACAAGCUCUUUAACUGCUGGGUGUUCCUCCGGCAGAGCGUCUCACAUCUAGAGACCGUCGCCUGUCUAGUGUAGACAUUAUGCAAUGUCAUGAUAGAGCACACACUCACACACACACACACACACUCACACACACACACACACACACACACACACACACAAGUAUGACAUUGUGUCUUUUUGUACCAUUUAAUCUGUGGCCGCAGAAGUGCACUCAUGCAAUGUUAGAACUACUGUUUUACAAUUCAAGUGACCUGAGCGAUUACUAGAGCAUAUCUGUUGGUUUUAAUGAAGGAAUAUUAUUUUGUUUCAACUUUUCCUGACAUCUUUUUUUAUAUUUAUCUCAUCCAUAUGGCAAAAUGUCCGACUGAUUCUUUGUCCCUUAAAGUACUCUUCAUCCUGUUUAAGGGUUACUUUGGUAUUUUUCAAUCUGGACCCUAUUUUCCAAUGUUUUUGAGUCAAAGGGAACAACAAUUUUUGGAAACCACCCCAUCACGUCCCGACACUAACCUUUCCGUUUAAUAAAUCUACCGUUUUUUUCCAUAGUAAUUAGUAUCUAGUUCCUAAAAUGUUCAGGCAGACGGUACUUGCUGUAGCUGUGG